AUGAAGAGUUUCUUCGCCUUGUUGCUUCCUGUCCUUGCUGUCGCCACGGCGAUUCCCCGAGCUCCAACCGGCGCUUCUGACACUCCUGACCCCAAGGAGAUCCAGAUCGUCAGCGCGAGCUUCUCCGGCAGCGGCUGCCCCCAAGGCUCCGUCUCGACCACGAUCUCGCCUGACCGUACUGUGAUCACCUUCGGCUUUGAUCGUUUCCAGACCUACAUCGGCCCUGGUCUACCCGUGGCCGAGCGUACCAAGAACUGUGCUCUGCACCUGAGCCUCAAGUACCCGGGUGGCUUCCAGUUUGCCGUCGUGGAGAGCACCUACCACGGCUACGCUCAGCUCGAAGAGGGCGUUACUGGCGCCUUCUUCUCGACCUACUUCUUCUCUCAGGAUGCCGGCUCCACCACCACAACGCAGACUUCCAUCACUGGCGGUGGCAUUUGGCUCGAUGGCCAGGUCUACACCAAGCAGGACAGCAUCCCGACUGCUUCGCUGAUUUGGGCCCCCUGCGGUGCGACUGGCAUCCUCAACAUCAACAACCGCAUUGCUCUCACCUCGAAAAACCCCAAGGCUUACGGUUCCAUCACCGACGACGAUGCUACCGUCGCCUUCACCCAGCAAAUCAACGUCAAGUGGCAGACUUGCAAGAAAUAG